CAGUUUGCAUGGGCUGAGUCCUUGGUCGUGUUCCUGAGAUAUGGACAAGCCACUGCUGCCAUGCGAGCUACAUUGGACGCUCAACUCCACUUGGCUCCAUUCCUUUUUCAUCAAAAACAUACACCCUCCUCAUCACCCACGCGACUCCAUAGAAACGAGGGAUGCAGACCUCGUUGCUCAUCAUCAGUAUCGCCCUCAAGGUGCUGCUGUUCCCUACAUACCACUCCACAGACUUUGAAGUCCACCGCAACUGGCUCGCCAUCACCCACUCCUUGCCUAUCUCGCAAUGGUACCAUGAGAAAACAAGCGAGUGGACACUGGACUACCCACCAUUCUUCGCCUGGUUCGAAAAGUUCCUCUCCAUUUUCGCUGCCCAGAUCGAUCCCAAGAUUGUCCAGGUCGAUAACCUCAACUACGACACCCUCACGACCAUCUACUUUCAACGGACAACCGUGAUCGUCAGCGAACUGGUGCUUUUCUGGGCACUGCAGCGGAUGCUGACCGUCAUGGGAAACCGCCCGCUCCAGAAAAUCAUCAAUUGGUCGUUGAUGCUCAACCCGGGCCUAAUCAUGGUCGAUAACAUGCACUUUCAAUACAACGGGUUCUUGUACGGGAUCAUGAUCCAUUCCCUGGUCGACGCAAAGCAGGGAAAAUUGCUGCGAUCUGGCAUCCUGUUUGCAGCACUGUUGAACUUUAAGCACAUUUAUCUCUACAUCGCACCGUCGUACUUCGCGUUUCUGCUUCGUGCGUACUGCUUCGAGAAUUCUGGAAACAGCAUCCGAGCAAAAUCAUGGACUUCAGCCUUCAGACCCCUUCACUUCCUCGCAUUGGGCUUUAGUGUCAUUGCCGUAUUCGCAGCUUCACUCGGCCCCUUUGCUGCCAUGAACCAGCUGCCUCAAUUGGCCUCACGCCUGUUCCCCUUUAAGCGAGGACUUUGUCACUCGUAUUGGGCCGCCAACUUCUGGGCCUUGUACACCUUUGUCGACAGGGUUAUGAUCGUGCUCGUCUCCAAGACACCUCUCGGACAAUAUCUCAACCUCACCCUCGAUCCCUCGGCUCUCGCUGCAACUACCCGCGGACUCGUCGGCGACACUGCGUUUGGCAUCCUACCAACCGUGACAGCACAGCACACCCUCAUCUUGACAGUCCUCUUGCAGAUCCCUAGUCUAAUUGCCGUCUUCCGAAAGCCGACAUUCGAUCGAUUUAUUGGAUCAGUAGCCUUGUCCGCCUUUGCGUCAUUCCUGGCUGGUUGGCAUGUGCACGAGAAGGCCAUCUUGCUGUGCACGAUCACUAUGAGUGUUGCGAUCGCAAACUUGGUAGGAACGAGCCCCAACUCUGGAGCAGGAGCUGGCGCACUGGCGGAUCAGAAGGGGGGAGCGCUGACACCCCGGGAUGUUCGCUCAUUUAUGAUCGUUAGCUUGGCUGGUUAUAUCGGACUCUGGCCUCUUUUCUUUUCUCGCGAAGAAACGCCAAUCAAGGUACUGAUCACCGUUAUCUGGUUCGUCGUGGUCGGCACAGGACUGGACCAAUGUAUACCCAAGCAACCCAAAGGGUCGUCGUCAUCGAUCGAGGCUGGACCUUCAUCGACCAUCAACCGUUCCAUGCUUCGGUACUUCACCACUCUUGAGCGCCUUUACGUGUUUGGAUGUGUACCCGUACAGCUCUACACCAACGUGAUCCAUGAGGCUGUCUUUGGCCAGAAUAAGCUGGCGUUCCUGCCACUCAUGAUCACCUCGGUCUAUGCUGCCGUGGGUGUCGUCUAUGGCUGGCUGCUGUACUCGACCGCGUAUUUCUCCUCAAGCAAGGCACUCGACAAAAAGAAGACACGAUAGCAAUAAAAAUGUAAUGAGA